AUGGCAGGGACAUCCUCCGACAAACUGGUACUUAAACUGGUGAUGACUGGGGACUCCAAUGUGGGGAAGACCUGCAUUAUGACCAGAUACACAGAAAACAUCAUCCCAUCCUAUAUCUCCACUGUAGGGAUUGAUUUCAAAACUAAAACAAUCCAUAUUGGUGAAACACCAUUAAAACUUCAGAUCUGGGAUACAGCUGGACAAGAAAGAUUUCACACCCUCAGUGUCAGUUAUUUCCGUGGUGCCCAAGGAUUUGUACUUGUUUAUGAUAUCACAAAUACAAGCUCAUUUGAAAAUAUCUCUUUGUGGAUGAAGGACAUUAAAAUGAAAGCUGGGGAAGAAGUGGAGGUAGUUCUCCUGGGAAAUAAGUGUGACAAGGAAGACGAACGUGAGGUUUCAAAAGAG